AUGUUUGGAUCUACUCCUAAAAUUAAGCAAUAUUCAUCCUUACUCUAAAACUCGGUAUAACACAAGCCCAUACAGCAACCAUUAUAGACAGAAAUGACUCCCUCUACACCAAAAAAAUAUAAUAUUCUGAAGAAUGUCAAGAAACUUAAUAUCUCCUCCCAACCCACUGAAAAUAGUUUCAGAUCAAAUAAUGCUAAAAGGUUAAUGACAUAAGAUAGUCCAUAAACUAAUAAAGAAAAUGGCAAUUUUAGAAUUGAGUAGCCUGCAAGCUUAAUAGAAAUUUAACUUAAACAUUUCAUGUAAGAGAAUAAAAAAUUGUCUGAUUUGAUUUUAAAAUUAACAAAGGAGAAAUAAGAAUUACUCGAUUAAAUUACUAAUGCCGAUUUCAACAUUAUUAAAUAGAGAAUAGAGAGGUUAGAAUUUGUAAUUGAUCAACAAGCUCAUGAAAUUGAAGGUUGGAUAUAAAAAUAUAAAGCUGUAUGUUAAAAUGAUCAAAGUGCAUCUAUUAUUGAAACUACAGUAUUUCAAUUAAUCAUCAUUAGGAAAAAUCAUAUAUUAAGGAAAAUAAAAGAUUAAAUUAAGUUAACUUAAACCAUGUAUCAAAAAUACAAAGCCUAGAAUAAAUAAUCAAAGAUUUAGAUUAUAAAGUGACUGAUUAGAAUAAUUAAAUUAUUGCUUAUGAGGAAGAAAGAGUAAACAUGUUAUAAUAAACAAAAAAAUAAACUAAGCUUGAUAAUUGGGAAUACAUAUAAAUUUUAGAUGAGGUAUUUAAUACAAAUAUUCUUAGAAUGUUACAGAGCUUUAGAAAACUUAAUGUGAUAAUCAAUAAUAAUAUGAUAAUUUAAAGGUGCAAUUUAACUCAAUAAAUAAUAAAAUGAGCUAAAUGAAUUUGAAAACAUACUAUGCAACACUACUUAAAAAUAACUUAGAUGAACUGAAAAAUAAUCUUAAAAAUUAGAUAAUUGAAUGA